AUGGCGUCUACAUCCCUAGACCUGACUCUUCCAGAAGCUGCGCCCGAACUCACCACAUACGGAAAAUACCACUGGGGCGACGCUGUUUUCUAUCUUUACAACCUCAUCCCCGGUGUCAACUUAACUGAGGUCGCCGCCGGCCUGCAAGAAGAGUGGUUCGAGGAAGACAAUGAGACACCCAUAAUCAAAAUCGCACAACCCGAGGCUGAUUUUGCGGGUAAGACGCUCAGCGAUGUGGUCGCCGCUCAUGUCGCCGCGGAUAAAGGGGUCAAGCCUCAUAAAGGGAAAGGUCGCGGCUCCAAAGGAGAUAUAUCUGUCUAUCCGAAGGCCUUUGUCGUAGUGACAAAGAAAGACUGGAAGGAAGACGGCGGGUUACUAUGGGUCUACGUGAUGGACGGCAAGAAAGGAAAGGGGGGAAAGUUGGAUAAGUAUUUCUUCAAAUUUGAAGAUGCGUAUCUAUUGUUGUCGGGGGUGUCUUUUGCGGACUAUACACUAAACGACGCGAAGGAAAGAUUUGAUAUCGAGGCACAGCAUGACGAAGAUGAUGACGACGAAGAAGAGACAACUGACGAAGAGGACGAUGACUAA